UAGUCAGCAAGCAGAAGUGAAUACACCAGGUCAUGGAAUCCACCACGUCCCUGUCCUGCUGGACGCAGGUUGCGCAGUACUUGGUGUCGUCCUUCUCCCCCACCUCCGCCGCCACUUUCGACUAUGAUCUGAGGGAUGUGCCUUACUCGAUGCAUAUGGUGCUCCCAAACUUGAGCCGGCGUGGCAACACCCGCGCCUUCUUCAACCUGAUGCUGACGUGUCGACAGCUGUACCACGACUUGCCGUGGGCCGUGCCAAAGUGGUGCCUCGUCGACAUGCUUGAAGUCCAAGCAAGUGCAGGGACGUGGCACUGGCUCGACACAUUCCGCAAAGGAGGAGUGCCCUCCCUGCCCUUGCCUUGCUCGCGCGGCGAUGCUGACGCUGCUGAUGGCUCCGCGCAGUCGACGUGGCUGGAGGGGCGCUUCCUGGCAUACUGCUGGCUCGGUGUGACUUGGGACAGCGAGUGCCCUUUUCUCCUGAAAAAGAUGGCUUCGCCUCCAACCACAUCACACUUCUGGCACAAGUUUGCUCGCUGCGGCCGCUUGUACUUUGAUGGCCUGGACAAGGUGGAGGAAUGGGCUGCCCGCACCCUAGAACUAGAACAACCGGGCGACGACGCGCAUGGAUGGCUCGGCAAAGACACCAAGGAUUGCGUCGCGCCUCGUCCAGAGGUCGAUGCAGACACGGCAAGGUCGGUCGCGGCAACGCACGACCCUCUCGAACAACAACAACAGCAGCAACAACAACAACAACAACAACAACAACAACAACAACAACAACAACAACAACAACAACAACAGCACCAGCACCACCAGCACCAGCACCACCAGCAGCAACCCUGUCGUCCGGCACUUUUCACAAUGCAUGCGGAUAUAAAGGGUCAGCGUGGUGCAGAUCGCUUUGAUCGAGUGCGUACGACGCUCCUGGCUGGGGUGCGCGGUGGCAAGGUGGUGUUGCAGUUUCAGCAAUACGGACCACCCUUGCGAGAGCGGCAUGUGGUGUCGCUCGUGGCAUUGAAUAUCGACAGGCUGAAUAUCAACGCCACUGACGACACAGUGAUCAACAAGCUGUCGCUUCGUAACGUGCGCCACAUGCAGCUGGUGUCAAGAGUGAAGCCCCGUACCGUCACCAGUGACUGGCAGAGUGUACAAAGCUUCGAGUUGCAUCGCAUUGCGAGCACGUGUGACGUCAGCUCCCUCGUGGGCAUCCCAUGUGUGGACGUGUCACUGUUAAGCAACAGCUUGACAGCUUCUCCUCCUGACCCCAUCAACAGCUCUGUCAAUGCCAUGAUCGAGGCUGCAACGGACGGCGUGAAGCUCGCUUUCCUGUCCUUGUUAGCCGACAUCACCAUCCAAGCGAGGCGCGUUCGCCUCGACCACAUGCAGAGCGUUCCAGACCAGCUGCACCUGCCAAAUACCACGUACAUUGAGCUGCUGGCUCGCUCCGGUGUGAAGCAGUUCACGUGUCCUGCUCGACUACAGCGCCUGGUGAUCGACGAAGUCAUGGGCAGCCCCCCUGCCAUCCCAGACUUUGAGCACGCCGCAGAGGUGCGGCUCAACCUGCGCCACGCGCUCACGCGGGACCAGCUCUCCUCCCUUGGCCGUCGCGUCGCCAUGCUCGUGCUUGCUGGCAACACUGUGUCGAGCAUGCAGCACGUGGCAGCCAUCCCACGCUCCGUGUACGUGUGCUUGGAGGAUGUCCACGUUGAGGGAAUGGUGCCACCGUGUGUGCGGGAGCUGAGGGCACGCAUGCGGGGUGACAUGUCCGCCAGCGCUGUGGCCUCCGUGCCACGUCUGCACGUGAUUGGACAAGCCGGGGUGAGAGGACCCGUGCCGUGCAUGCAUGACUGCCACCUGCUCUCGGAGAGAAAAGGGGGCGCGACCUGCCUCGAGCACCUGGCUAUUGACGGGGAAAUCAGCAAUUGCGACCACCUUGCGCUCCGCCGCUGUCGUGGAUCCGUUGCCGUUGCAUCAAUCGGUUCAUUCGCUGCCAUCGCAGCGUGCGUGGGGGUGGACAUGACGGCCGGGACAGGGGAUGAAUGCGUAACGAGGACAGACGAGGAGAAGAAGAGGCAGGAGCAGAAGCGGCUUCUCUACUUGACGCGCGUGCGGGACGUUGCUAGCUGCGAGCUUAUCGACUGCACGAUCCGCGACUUUUCUCGUUUCCGGGGCGUGCAGCGGCUUGUUCUGGAUGAGUGUAGGUUCGACAGCCUCGACAAUCUCCCGCCAAUCCCUUGUCUCGUCGUGCGUGCAUGCAACACCAGCGACUACAUCCGAUGGCCAGACGCGGUCUUUGUCCAGCGAACAGUUGACGACAUACGACGGCGGCUCGGUGGUUAGGGAGUUUGUGCCUGUGUGCGUGUGUGUGUGUGUGUUUGUGUGUGUGCGUGCUAGUUUGUGUGCGUGUAUGUGUGGAAUGAGUGUGUGUGUGUGCGCGCUCUUCGGGCCUCUCCUUUCUCAGCACCCGCCUUAUUCCAAGGCAAGUCCAAGUAGGAACAAAAGGCCAGAGCGACACAAGUUGCCAACUGUCAUACUCUUUGCUCAAGCCGGUUGUUGUUGCUGCGUUCAUGUGUAUCAAUCAAUCACACCAAGAAGAGAACUAGGCAGCAGGCCGACAACUCGCUUUGCAGCAGUAGAAACAGCAACACAGGGAUACAAGGAACACACGGCGCAAUACAGUCGAAGAACUCAGGACGCAACAUCAUGCAACGGUGCUCGCUCGGGUUACUUGCCAUGGCACUUCUUGUACUUGCGCCCGCUGCCACACGGGCAAGGGUCGUUCCGACCAAUCCUCUGAGGUUUCGUAGCGUGCAAUCAUGACAGCGCACAAGGCAAACGCAAACGAGAGUGAGUUGCCAUAUCUUCACAAACGGCGCCACCACCUCCUCCCCGCUUCCCUCUAACCCCCUCGCUUCCUCUUGCACACCUUGGCUGCCGGCGCUUUGGCUGACGACGACGACGACGACGACGACUUGCGGGCAGUGCCAUUUCCACCAGCUUUCUUCUGUUGCUUCUGCUGCUGCGGCUGUUGCUUCGUCUUGGGCCGUGGCUCACCCGUUCCCCGCUGCUGCUGCUGCUUCUGCUUCUGUUGCUGCUGCUGCUGCUGCUCUACUAGCGUGGUGUCUUUGUCCUUCUCCUUCUCCUCCUUCGUAGGCGAGGCUUCGCUCUCCCUUGUGUCAUUGGUGGUUUGCGUCUUCUGUUGUGUUGGUUCUGCCUGUGUUGGUGUCUCUGCUGUUGCACCGACAUCAUCAACUUUGCCUGCCUCAUCACCAUCGUUAUCAUCAUCAGCGUCGCUUGCUUCACCUGUCCUCUGCGUUGCAGCAUCGGCGGGUGGCGGAGGUGGGCUGUCGCCAUACUUGUCUUUGAAGCACCUGCAUUUCCGCACAGGGUGAGACAGCGUGCGUGUUUGUGCGAGCGUGUGCG